AUGGACUGUUUAAGAACAGAGGCUUGUCUCUAUGCUGCUCUGCUGAUGGUUUGGUUCAUGCUGGUACGAUCCGAGCCCAGCUGCGAUCAGACAGAGUUUUUACACACUAAUGGCACUUGUGUUGCAUGCCCUGUGUGUGGGCCUGGAGAACAGCUCUCAGGGGACUGUGGUUUUGGGGAUGGUGGUGAAGGUGUCUGUAUUCUGUGUGAAGAAGGGAAGUUCAGUGCAGAUACAGGUGUUGCUCCCUGCAUGCGAUGUACCCAGUGCAAUCUGCUGAACCGCCUCCAGAAGACAGCAUGCUCACCCACCAGUAAUGCCCAGUGUGGUCAUUGCCGUCCAGGGUAUUAUGAACUCAGCAGCAUGACUGGAGAGGUGGAGCUGUCCUGUGUGCCUUGUUUUAAUCACGACACAGUUCAUAAAGAGUGUUUGCUUUGGACAGCACAGCGCUCUAAAGAAGACAGUGCCGUCACUGCACCACAAGGAAAUAUCAAAGAACCUAAAGAGAAGAGAGUAAAAGAAGAAGCAUUCUCAAUGGCCCUGAUUGGUUCAGCAACAGCGUCCUCAAUUUUCCUCAUUGCUCUGCUGCUUUGGGCCGUCCUUCUGACUGCUGAGAGAUUCAAGCAGGUUCCUGAGUACUGUGCUGGCCCUGAAGAGCUUCUGUCUGCAGAUGAGCUGCAGUACGAUCCUUUGUACAGCCCCACAGAGAGAGCAGCCAAACAACCAGAGGGCCCUACACAGACUCUUGUUCCAGCUCAAGAUCCCCUAAUAGAUCUGAACUCUCUGAGCCAUGAGCAUGAGCAGCAUCCCACUUCUAUUGUUAUAAAUGUCACCACCAACAUCAAGCCCUCCAGUCAGAAUGAGGAGAACAUCACACUGGAGGAGAAGAAAAAAAACUGCUAUUCAACAGAGGAGAUGGAGCAAAAGCUUCAGACCAUUUGGGAAGUGGCUCAAGGUCAGAGUAUCGAGAAACUGGAUUAUGACUCAGUCCAGGACUUGUCCCUGCUGCUGGACUCUGCUGACAAUAGGAACGUGUUGAGGAAGCUAGGACGGUCUUUGGGUGUCCCACCUCAGGUCAACUCUCAUCUUCAGGGCUUCCAGGAUCUCUUUCAGUACCUACGCACCUCUACCUACACCCUGCUGCCCCAUCUAGCCCAGGCUGCUGCUCUCCUGCCUUAUCCUGAAGUUGUUGCUAGGAUACACAGAGCAGUGGUGAACACUUACUGACCCCAGGGUUGUGUUACCAUGACUUCAACAGUAUUUAUGACCCACUUUUCACAC